AUGCCAAAACCAAAACGUACUUCUAAAAAUUUUGAUACUAUAGAGUCGCCAGCAAAAAAAAAGGCUACAGAUAAAGAGAGUACAUCAGAUACAGGCCAUAAUCUUAUUUCUCAAACGCAAGAAAUUUCAAUAAUUAAAGAACCUAUUAAAGAUUUUCUUAUCGUCGUGGGUAGUUAUGAAAGAAUAUUAUACGGCAUUAAUGGAUCUGUAGCCGUAGGUUCCAGGUAUUUAGCUUCGGGUAGUACUGAUGAAGUUAUCAAGUUGUAUGAUAUAAAAAAACGUAAAGAACUUGGUUCUUUAUUACAACAUGAAG